ACAACCAACUUACUCUCAGAGAGACAGCGAAGAGAGAGAGAGAGACUCCCUCAGGCUCUAAGAGAAGAAGCCAUCUUUGUUUACAUUCCAGAGGCCUCUCUUAAUCCACUUAAGUUACGUUCACAUUUACAGUUCUUACGUUCCGCCCGUACGUUCUGUGUCGGUUCACCGCUGGAAAUCCGGAAGAUACGUUCGUGUCCUCCCGCCUGAGAGAGAGAAAGAGGUAGAGAGAAAGGUAGAUAAAGAGAAAAAGAGAGAUAAAUCGACAUGGACUCCGAAAUCUUCAUGGAAGAGAUCCAGACAUGGAACUCAGGACCAUCUCCCCUAGGACGCAGCGGACACAGGAUAUCCUGCACGGACUCUUUCCUGUACAGUUUCGGGGGCUUCCAUCCCACAGAGGGUGCCCUGGCAGAGGCUUGGAGACUCAACCUCUCGACGGGAGAAUGGGAACAGCUAUCAGGCCCCGGGGAAGAAGCCCCUACAACCUGCAUAUCUCACUGCAUGGCGUCCUUUGGGCGCGAUCUGGUCACCUUCGGAGGCACCAGCUACCCCUUCGGAAGCGUCAUGUCCAAAGAGGUCCACGCCUGCGACAGGGCGUCGGGGAAAUGGAGGGUUGUGCCCUCGGAAGGCGAGGCUCCUCAGGAGAUGUACGGACAGGCGUUCCGUAGGAUGGGUGACUACGUCUACACGGUGGGAGGAACCUCCGGCUACCAUUUCUCCCUGCAGGCGCACGCCUAUCACCUCCCCACCGGCACAUGGACGUGUCUGGCCUCGUCUGACCUUUACAAGGGGAACGAACCCACGGGGCGUUACAAGGCCGAAAUUGGGGUGGUCCAGGGGCAUAUCGUGGUCGUGGGUGGCUCGGCAGCCGAUGGUGUCUUUUCACUGGAUGAGGUGCCCGUGCUGGACAUCCAGACCGGAAGCUGGUCCCUGAAGCAGACGAAGCCGGACCCGAAAUGUCAUGCUUAUCCGAGUCCCCGGAAGUGCCACGCUUCCGUCCAGAGAGGAGCCGAUCUUUACGUCAUCGGGGGCGCCAACGGGAGCGAAGUCUUCGACGACGUGUGGAAACUCGACCUCCUGACACUGGUUUGGUCUCGAACCAGUUUGGUGUUACCAGUUCCUCUGUAUUUCCACGACGCCGCUUUCUCUCCCAACGGCAGCUUGAUCGUCUACGGAGGCUCCUCGGUGGUUGGUUCCAGCGAGCGGUCCUCAGCCGUCUUCCGCGCGAGGCUCCAGGCCCCUCCGCUGCUGGAAGCCGCCUGGAAGGCCUUCACCACCAACUGUCCGGCCAUCACAGUGCCUUUCCAGGACAGCGGGGAGGAUCAGGAGGUGUUCCAGGAAUCCCGUGAGGCUAAUUCCAUGGAGCUGUUGGCUGCCGGAGUUCCCAGAAGACUGAUCCAGAGGCUCAAGAAGUUGCCGAAGGAACGUAAGGGCUGCCAUUGAGGUCUGGAACUCCUCCUCCGCUUCCAGAGUCUGUAUCUCAAGCGCUUCCAGUGUCGGAGAGAACGGCUGGAUGUUGACGCUUCCAGUACCCAAGAGAGUUACUAGGUAUUGGCGUUUCCAGUACCCAAAAGAUCUACUAGGGUAUUGAUGCUUCCAAUACCCAAGAGAGCCACUGGGUGUUGAGUUUUCCAGUACCCAAGAGAGCCGCUGGAUUUUGGCGUUUCCAGUACCCAGGAGAGUUACUGGAGUUUUCCAGUACCCAAGAAAGCCACUGGAUUAUGGGGUUUCUAGUACCCAAGAAAAACCACUGGAUUAUGGGGUUUCUAGUACCCAAGAGAGCCGCUGGAUUUUGGCGUUUCCAGUACCCAGGAGAGUUACUGGAGUUUUCCAGUACCCAAGAAAGCCACUGGAUUAUGG